GUCAAACUUACUAUUCAAACUAACAAACAUGUAUCACAAAACCUAACACACCCUUCAAACCUAUGAUCAUCUUUCCAUUCUGAAUCUUAAUUCUCAUCAGGACCAGCUGAUCAUUGUGUUCUACCACCAUGGCUACCAAUGGGUCUUCAUCGGUGAGAGAUGGAGAUGGGGUUAAUGCUACAGAGGCCAGUUUGGAUAAGAUUAAACGACAAUUGGCAUCCGGGUCGGGUCGACACCUCUUGCAGGGUCCUCUUCUUAAGCGAUCUGAAACGCUAAGGAAAUGGAACGAGAGAUGGGUGAUCCUAGACCCGACAACAGGAAAAAUGGAAUACAAAAUCAGGAGAAAUGACCUGAAUAUCAAAGGAACGAUUGUGUUUGAUUCAAAUAGCACAAUCAUGACAUCACCCUUUAACUUUCAUGGACUGCCGAAGUAUGAUAACUGUAUUAUUUAUAUUGCAACACCACAGAAAAAAGAAUAUUUUCUGUGUGCAGAAACUCCAGGUGCAGCUAGAGCUUGGGUGGCAACGUUGCAUGCAGCACAGUUGGUAUUAAGGGCUCAUAAAGAGGCAGUGAACUCAUUAGCUGGAAACAGUAACGCAAAAUUAGGGACAGUUUCCGCUGUCGUUACUGCUGCAAAUUCAACUGCUCUAGAAUCUUCCAAAGAAAUUGAAGCAGCAAUGCAGAUUUCAAGGAGAAAUGCUUUAGGUUCAGUGUUGAACAAGACACCCGAUGCCCCAUUGGAUGAUUUCACAAUCAUGAAGGAAACAUUAAGAGUAAAAGACGAAGAGCUGCAAAAUUUAGCAAGAGAUAUUCGUGCUAGGGAUUCAACAAUAAAAGAGAUAGCGGAAAAGUUAACUGAGACAGCUGAAGCAGCAGAGAGUGCUGCAUCUGCAGCUCAUAUGCUGGAUGAGCAACGGAGGAUCGCAACUUCUGAAGUUGACCACUUUAAGAAAGAGUUGGAAAAACAAGCCGGGUCCUACAGUAUAAUGCUAAGAGAAUCUGAAGAAAAGGUGACGGCGUUAAGUAAAGAAAUAGAGCAACUUACGAAGCAACGCGACUCAUCUCAUCAAGAAGCGCUUUUAUGGCGAUCUGAGCUGGCAAAAGCUAGAGAACGUGUAGUCAUUUUAGAAGGAGCUGUUGUUAGGGCUGAGGAGAAAGUUAGGGCUAAAGAUGCAGAGGCCGAAGCUGCAAUAAAGGAAGCAACAGAGAAAGAAAGUGCUGCAAGAAAGGAAAAUCAAGAGCUUUUGGCAUAUAUUAAUAUUUUACAAUUACAACUUCAAAGCAGGCAGGAGGAGAAUACGAAGCAAGUGAUGGAGGAGAGAGGAGAAUCUUGCUCUGCUGGCGACACUCAACCGCUAACCAAACACGUGCAUCCAUCUGAAGAUAACGUGGAUAAAGCAUGCCUUAGUGAUUCUAGAAACAUUCCAUCUGUAGAUCAAACAGGAAUCCGUCCAGUUAACGACGGUGAAUGGAAUGAUAUAGAAGCAACGGAAGCAAGAAUAGCUGAUGUUAGGGAAAUUGCGCCUGAUACCGAAGGAAAUAGUUUGGAUAUUCCCGCCUUAUUACAGCCGAACGAUACACAACAGGAACAAGCAAGUGGCUCCUACCAUCAGCCUUAGAUGUUACGCGUGUAACAAGAAAAAUAUGUUUUUGUUGUUAUUGAGGAGACUUGUUUUGGUUACAGGAUGAAUUGAAUUGUGAAAAUGAUUUAUACAGCCAGUUGUGUGAGUUUUAUAAUUGCUGGCUUUUGAGGCUUCAGGCUUUGUUCAUCUUAUAUGCAGCUUGGGGAAACCCUCUUUUCCUGA